UCACCCACAAACGACGACGACGCGCGGGAUAUAAAGUAUCCGAUCGAAAACUCUUUACUUUAACGCCGCUCGUCGCCGCUUCUUGCACGUCUAUCUCCUCGCUCUUCAACCAGCACACACAUGCACAUACACACAGGCCGUCUAUUAAAUCUCUGCCAAGAAUAAACCCAGCUCUAUUAUAAAUUCCCGCGAAUGUUAUUCAUCUUUACGGGCUAUGUGUCAGAGAAGUGUAUGGACUGCGGGUCCCCUGCCACACACUGUAGAGUCGAUCCAGCAAUGAGCAACGUUGUAACAUCGGAGGUCGAUGACUCUGUGACAAAGGAUAAAUCUACACCAGGUGCUGUAGAGUUUGCUCACGACGAGCUUGUCAAACUGACCAAAGAUGCGAUAAACAAGAUAAUUGAGAGCGAUCCUCUAUUUUCGGGAAUUCCAGCCGAUGCUACAGUUGAGGAAAUCAAGUCACAGUCGGCAGUUGCUCAAGGUCAAGCGAUUACGCUUUACUUGAACCGUGGAGAAUUGCCGAUGCUUUCUGUUGUGGUGCCGCCUCACAACACGACGGUUCUUGAUUUGAAAAAGGCGAUAAAACGUCACACGCUUUUGGCCCUGAAGAGAGAGAAGGUAACAAAGAAGAUAAGCUGGAAACAUGUUUGGAAAAAGUACAACGUAUGCUUUGGUAGUACACAGCUGGUAAACGAUAAUGAAAACAUAAAGAACUAUGGCCUGACUAACAAAGCGGAGCUACAUUACGUAAAGAAACGGCGAGAAAAAUAAAGGUGUCAAAAUCUAG